GUCAGUGACAGAUAGACAAUGCGAGCAUGAGCUCCUUUUUAGAUUACCCGCUCAUCAACGGAGACACCGGGUGCUCACCCAGGGCUUAUCACCCAGACCAUGGAAUUACAACUUUUCAGUCCUGUGCUGUCACAGCUAAUACUUGUAGCCGAGAUGAUCGCUUUAUCGUAGGCAGGGGUACCCAAGGUGGCCCAUCUCAUCACCAGCCUGGAGCUUACCAGCACCAUAACAGUCUGGGGAUCUCUUACGCCAGCCACCCCAGCUGUAGCACAGGUUAUGGCACGCAGAAUUUCUGCACAGGUUACAGCCACUAUUCACUGAGCCAGGAUGCGGAUUCCACUGCAGGAUAUCCCCAAUGUGCCCCAGCUGUGUACACUGGGAAUAUUUCGUCUUCCAUGGUCCAGCAUCACCAAGGUUACAGCGGAGCAGCAUUGGGUCCAAUCCAGUAUCCCCAUCCAGUUUAUGGACACGAGCAACAGAAUGUGACACUGUCAGCCUGCAAUAACCCCUUAUCCCCUCUGCAUGCCAGUCACCAGGAAACCUGCUGCUCUCCUCUAUCAGAGGCAUCAACCCCAACACAGACAUUUGACUGGAUGAAAGUUAAAAGGAAUCCGCCCAAAACUGGGAAAGUCGGAGAAUAUGGUUUCGCUGGACAGCCGAACACAGUAAGAACAAAUUUUACAACCAAGCAACUCACCGAGCUCGAGAAGGAGUUUCACUUCAACAAGUACCUGACAAGAGCCAGGAGAGUGGAAAUAGCCGCUGCCUUGCAGCUUAACGAGACUCAGGUAAAGAUCUGGUUCCAGAACCGGAGAAUGAAGCAAAAGAAACGAGAAAAAGAGGGAUUGAUACCGGCUUCUCCUUCCAAAACACCAGAAAAUGACGAAAAGGCCGACGAGUCAUCAGACAAAUCUAUUUCAACACCGUCAACACCUUCUCCAGCUUCGUCCUCUGCAGAAACUCAAACUACCUCAAUUUAGGACAUCACAGACACGAUAUAUAACACGGUGUUGGCUGUGAUCUAAGCUUUUCCAUAUUGCCAUUAAUCAUUGUCAUUGGAAAUAGUAACGUAAUUCACUCUAUAUUUAUUUAUUAACUUUAUUUAAAGAACAAGGAACCCAGCUUUCGUUAAAAGUAAAAUUAACGGGUUUCUAUUUUAGUAUAUACCUAGUUUUCCAUGGUUGCAUGUUUAACUAUAAACGGGAAACACUUUAACCAAAUGGCACUGCAGCCAAAUGAUUUGCAAGCCCAGAUUCAUAGGCUGCUAGAAAGUCAGUCCACUGAGGCAAAUUUAAACACAUGCACAAUAUGAGUGUUUAAAUAAAUUAAUAUCCUUGGCAUCUGUUAAUUUUAUGUCUUGUAAUACGUGUGUUCAAUGAGAUGCAGUGAUUGUAUAUAUUUUGUUCAAAAGUUUGAUCUUUUUAGAAUUUUUAAAGAAAGAUGACAAGAUAAUAGGGGAAGUAGACAGAUGGCAUCUACGGGUGAUGUAGCAGAUUUUUUAUUUUAUAUAAUAAACUGAUUAUUGUAAUGUGUGCGAUCAGAUAAAGAAAAAUAACUAUACAUCGUGGAGCAGAAAAGUUCACUUGUACAGUGAAUACGAAGAUAAAUAAAACUAAAUUGCACUGAGUAAUGUUGAGCUCUUGAAAUUUCGUGUACUCAACGACAGUCAUCGUUGGUUCAUCUGGAACAUGCAAAUUACAUAAUCUUUAAAUACCUCGUAAUUUCAGGAUGUUAUUUAAAAAUAAAUGCGUGAUGUUAAGAAACCGCAUUGUGGCAAAACGAAUGUAUAUGUGAUUUGUAGAGGAUGUUUGCAUGGUGGACAGAGCUUUGAUGUACCUCACAGAAACACUGAGUUUUAUCAGUUGUAAUCUCUUAAAUUAUAUUUCUGUACAAUCAAUUGAACAGUUCUAAAAUAUGCUUAAUGUAUCUGAAACCAGAGCAAAGUUUACGGGUCUUUAAUUGUAUGUAUUAAAACGUUUUUGCUUCUAAAA